CUUGAUUCCUGCGUUGUUUGGGGACAGUAGGAAGAUGGCGGCGGCCCCGCUGUACUGUGUCUGCCGGCAGCCCUAUGAUGUGAGCCGGUUUAUGAUUGAAUGCGACAUUUGUAAGGACUGGUUUCAUGGCAGCUGCGUCCAAGUGGAGGAGCAUCAUGCUGUGGACAUCGACGUCUACCACUGUCCCAACUGCGAUGCGCUGCACGGACCGUCUUUGAUGAAGAAGAGGAAUAACUGGCACCGGCAUGACUACACCGAGCCAGACGACGGCACCAAGCCCGUGCAGGCCGGGACUUCUGUGUUCGUGCGAGAGCUCCGCUCUAGAACAUUCGCCAGUGCUGAUGACAUCUUGGUCCGGAUGCACGGGAGUCAGGUGAGCCAAAAGUACCUGGAGAAGCAGGGCUUCCAGCUCCCCAUAGCGCUGAGCAAGCUGGACGGGCUGGGCCUGCGACUCCCUCCGCCCACCUUCACCGUCAAAGACGUGGAGCAAUAUGUCGGGAGUGACAAGGUGAUUGACGUCAUCGACGUGGCCCGCCAAGCGGACAGCAAAAUGAAACUGGGCGAGUUUGUAAAGUAUUACUACAACUCCAGUCGGCCAAAGGUCCUGAACGUCAUCAGCCUGGAGUUCUCCGACACCAAGAUGGCGGAGCUGGUGGAGGUGCCGGACAUCGCACAGAAGAUGUCGUGGGUGGAGAACUACUGGCCCGACGACUCCUUCUUCCCCAAACCCUUCGUGCAGAAGUACUGCCUCAUGGGGGUGAAGGACAGCUACACAGAUUUCCACAUCGACUUCGGCGGCACCUCUGUGUGGUACCACGUGCUCUGGGGCGAAAAGAUUUUUUACUUGAUAAAGCCGACGCCGGCGAACCUUGCACUAUACGAGGCGUGGAGCUCGUCGCCCAACCAGAGCGAAGUGUUCUUCGGGGAGAAGGUGGACAAGUGCUACAAGUGCGUGGUGCGGCAGGGAACCACCCUUCUCAUCCCCACUGGAUGGAUCCAUGCUGUCCUCACCUCUCAGGAUUGCAUGGCGUUCGGAGGCAACUUCCUACACAACCUUAACAUAGGCAUGCAGCUCAGGUGUUACGAGAUGGAGCGACGACUGAAGACACCUGACCUCUUCAAGUUCCCCUACUUUGAGGCCAUCUGCUGGUACGUGGCCAAGAAUCUGCUGGAGACCCUGAAAGAAUUACGAGAGGACGGCUGCCCGCCACCAGCCUACCUGAUGGAUGGAGUGAAAGCUUUAACUACUGCACUGAAAAACUGGCUGAAAAGAGAGACUACGGAACCGGCCAGCGAGGUUCCAGAUCACAUCAGGCCCAACCAUCUGAUAAAGGAGCUCACAAAGGAAAUCCGCUACCAGGAGGAGGAGCAAGGUGGCGGGGCUGGCAGCGGCAAGCCUGCGAAAUCUCAGGGAAGCGGAGCGUGCCCCAUGACGCGCUCCACGCAGGAGCGCGGGUCCCACGCCCGCAGGACGGCCAGGAGGCUGCGGGACCAGCAGGCCCCCAAGACGCCCUCCAACCUGGACAUCCUGGAGCUCCACACGCGGGAGGUGCUGCGCAGGCUGGAGGUGGCGCCCUUCCAGGAGGAGGACCCCUUCACCUCCCGGGUGAACGGGAAGUUCAACAAGGCCUCCACAGCCUCCGCGGCCGCCGUGGAGAGGAGUCUGGACAACAACCUGCGCCUGGUGCUGUGCAACGGCAAAAUAAUCAGAGACCAGCGGAAGCCCUGCAGAGAGACGAGCACGCGGACGCCGGGCGGCGAGAGGGCGGGGGAGUCGCGGAAGGAAGCCGCCAAAAUCAAGAGGGAGGAGGGCGGCGAGUCGGGGCGGGGUCACCACGGCGACACGGAGCGGGACAAGAAACCCAGACACCUCACCGCGUUUUUGGAAAGCAGGAAAUCGGAACUCAGGAAAGGAGGGUCGUCGGGGCACUCUGAGGCGUCCGACUCGGGGUCUGAAGACAGCUGCACGACACAGCAGAAAGACUCUUCAGAGGAAGAUUCAGGGAGCUCGGAGGAGGAGGAGGAUGAGGAGGAGGAAGAGGAGGAGAAGGUUGUGUCCUCACCGGACGAGGCCCGAGGGCGCUCGCCAGACCAGUACUCGGCCAAUCAGAGACACCGGCACCACGGCAAACCACUCAAAAGAGAACGUCCUACCUCGCCGAGCACAGAAGAGGCUAUUCAGGGCAUGCUGUCCAUGGCAGGGCUGCUGUACCCCCAGCGGCCAGAGGAGGGCGCCACCUCUCAGGAUCCCUGGUGGUCCAGCCCGGCCCACCGCUCACCAGACUGUGGUGGGGAAGAGGAGAGCCAAGGAGAGGCCACCCUCAGCCAUCAGGGUGAGCUGAGGCCGCAGAUCCACCGGCAGGCCGAGCUCCAUCAGAGGACCCAGGGCGGCAAGAGCUACAUGGACAGCCAGGGCAGCAACAGCUACAUGGACAGCCAGGGCAGCGGGAGCAGCAGCAGCAGCAGCAGCAGCGAGGCCUGGGCCGACCGCAGCCUGUCGCCGGACCCCUCCUCCACGCCGCGCCGGGACGCCAGCCCGGGGAUCCAUUACCAGUACAGCGACACCUCCCUGUCCCCGCCCCUGCACCCCUCCAAACGGCCCGCCUCCAACCCCCCGCCCAUCAGCAACCAGGCCACGAAAGGCAAGCGUCCCAAGAAAGGCAUGGCCACCGCCAAGCAGAGACUGGGGAAGAUCCUCAAACUGAGCCGGCACAGUCGCUUCUUCGUGUAGCGGCCCGAGAGGCGGCUGGAAGUGAGGACACUGCUGCCCCCCCCCCCCCCCUCCCCUCCUCCCACGACCCCGCCUCCAUGUUGGUAUAUGGGUUUUUGCCGUCGAGAGACGUGUGCUGUAGGAAUUGCUGCCUAGACAGACCUUGAACACAAACUCACGCUCACUGUGUAAGUUUUAAGUGACAGGGUAUCAGAUUUUCACUAGCAGGAGCACGGCUUCACUGCACACACUUGCACACACAUACACACACGCACUCACACACACCGUGCACUCGCUCAGAGGCACACACGCAUGUGCACUCACACCAAUAGAAACGCAAACAGAGAGCCAGAGCCCAGGACCUGAAGCCAUGGAAAUUUGCAGGGAUCAAAAAUGUUUUUGAAAGGAUAUAUUUGAUCUCGGGAAAUCCAGCUUCAAACCGGGGGCAUUCCACACUCUACAGAAAUACCAUAGCCGGACGUGUGUGAUCCGGGAUCAGUCUGUCUUAUCAUCUGCUGGUCCUCGCUUCUUACAUCAGCCACGGAAAUACAGUCCUGGAUAGGAGUGAACCAACCCUUUGUAUUGAUAACACAAUAUCACAAUAUUUGCAUCUUGGCCACAGGCAACUUGUCUUUCCAGAAGCUUCUUCCACCUGCUUUUUCUGGCUUAGAAAUGCCCACUCUUCAACAAGCCACCGUACCACCAAGCAAACCUUCCUGCACUAAUGCCAAGAAUAGCAUGUGGGCUCCGCUUGCUACGUCAUGCUACCUGAGUGGGAUUUGGACUUUGGGUUUCUGUUUGUGGGACUGUUCGUCUUGUGCUGGGGAUACCUGUCACUAGAAAAAUAAGGGUGCUAAGGUGAGGAACUGAUAUUUAAAAAUGGUGCUCAAGUUUGUUAACCCCCCCCCCCCCCCCCACCAUCACAUUCAUACCAGCAAUAAUGCAGAAUGGAAAGACGAGGUUGACACACAGCACUCUGAAGAAGUUCCAGUCCUCCCUGUCGAGUAACGAAAAGGAGUGGAUUUCAGGAACGUGAGCCGUGUUCAGUUGAACGCGCUCACUUUUGGGGCUUUCGUAAAACGUACCUCAUGUCAUGCGUUCUGUCCGGUAUUCUCAAAUCUUUUUGUCCAUAUGUCCCUUCCAGUGAUUGUUUGUGUUUGCGGUCUCCUGGUUUAAUGUCUCGGUCACAGCUGUUCAGCAUGAGAGAAAGCCAUAUGCAGCUACGUUGCCAAGCCAUAUCAUUGUGGCACUGCUUUAAAAUGAGUGGUGUGGUGUUUCUAUGGGAGUUCUCUGUGGUACAUAUCACUUUCUUUUGUAAAUUUACUGUAAAAACCUAAGCUACAAAACACAAUGGAAAUGAUGUGGAAGUGUAUUGCUUUAUAACAAGGCAGAAUGACCACAGGAAAUCAAGUCCUCUGGCGCCACCUAUCUGACAGACAGUGGAAGACUGGAGCUUUUCGGAGUGCUGCUGUCAAAAAAAGACCGCAAAAAACAAAAUAGGUUUACUUUGUUUAAAGCAUUAAAUGAUGUUGAAGCAUUAAAUAGUGUAUAGAGAAAUGACAGAAAGAAAUCAUUUUCAGCUUAAUUUAUUUUCCCUUUUUCCUUUGGUGUUUGUUUCAAUGUUUAUUUUUGAUGGCUUUUGAAUGGAUGUAUUUAUUAUUAAAAAUAAGGUGAGCUGUAUUGUUUUAAUGUGAAGCCUCCACAUUUAGGGAUAGCCGUAGAAAAGGGAUCAUUUUCUCCUCAGUUCUCAUGUACUCAUCCUGUCAAGCACGGCCUAAAUUAAUGUGGUGAUGAUCGAUUCAUCGGCGAUCACUGUUGAGUAGCGUUGUAGGUCACAACAUGCUUUUUCUAGUUUCAGCUUCUAAUCUUUAUUUUGGGUGCAUUUUGUGAAUUAACGCAAUUCUGAUCGUGAAUUUCUGGUAUUCUUGCUUUCCUUAUGAGCCUAACAUUGCUUUUUUUAUAUUUGUCACGUCUGUUUUAUAUGGUUUUAAUACCUUCCACCUGGCUGUUUUAGUCUCGGGCAGUAUAGGUUUGUGUAACACAAAUGUGUCGACUGUAAUUCCACACUUCCUCCAGAUGGAACAAAGAAAAGAUGGCUUGAGUUUUUUGUAUUCCGAUUUUAACCAGAGUGGCCUGUUUUAAGAAAAGAGUUGGAACAUUUAUUUUCUGGUUUCUCAAAAGUCAUGAUGUCUAGAGGUAACGUUUCAGGCAUGUUAACACAGAGUACUUUUGUACUGGGUGUAUUUAUGGCUACUGAUUCAUCCAUUGAAAGAUGGAUGAGUUUGAUGAGUUGGAUCUCUGCUUUAAAUCCAUAUCAUACUUAUCAGUAUUUUCCUUGGGUGCCCAAUCAUUGAACCUUGUGUUAAAAUGUGUUUCGACUCGAGUGCAUUUUCCCUUUCUGUCCAUUCUACGCUGGCUUUGGAGCCCUCAGGUAACUGUUCUUCUGAAUUUGAAAAUCGUGUGGUAGAAAUGUUGGAUUUGUUCCCGGUUUUGUUUGCCAGAAUUGGGAUUCCCAUGAUUCUUUGGUCAGUGUUUGUAUUGAGAACUUUUUUCUCAGGGACAAAAUUCCACUGUCAAAAGACCUCCGAUUUCAUCACCAGCAGCAAGCAGUGAGCCAAUAAACAUUUUUCCAAUAUCCGUCUGCAACCCCCGGCAACCUUUAACUCCCCAUAACAUUCUGUGCCUGUAUUCCAGGGUUCACUGUCCUCACUUCAUGCCAUCAUGUUUGUCCUCAUGAAGUAUGAGGAACUGCAUAUGCGUGGUCUUCCUUCACUACAACAGUUGUACGUGUUUAACUCCAAGGAAAUCUCUAAUCUUCCCAAGCGUACUUUUGGUCAAUGAAAUGCCAUGUUUCAUUCUCCCGCUGGGUGCUGUUUGUCUUGAUUUUGCAGCAGAGUGUAAGAUUCUACCGACCUCAGAUCCAACUAUGUACAAGGAGAACGUUUUUGGUGCUCAAACUGUUCCCAAUCCAUGCUUUUGAAACUGUUGAGAUUUAAACUCGUUUUUUUUUUUUGUGCCACUGAGUACAUGUAUCCAUACAGACACAAACCUCUCAUUUGACCUGAUGACGUGUAUUAAAUAUUGAGUUUCUGUACAGAGAACACAAGGCAAGCUUAGGAUAGAGGCCUCCAAUGAUGUCAGGACACUUGGUUACCCCUACCCAUGGACUCAUGAAUCUGCUGCCUGCCAAGACAUAUUGCACUAAUUUCAUCCAGGCUUAAGCUUGUGUAGCUUUCACCUUUGAACAAUACCUGGACUAAAAGUCCAGUUCAAAGUCUGACUUGCAGCCUGCUUGCAUGACCUGUAUUCAGCUCUGGUUAGCACAAGGUGCUAGCUGUUAGGCCUAUUAAGCAGCCCUUGCAAGGAACUCAGUUCUAGCGCUCAGGCAUUCUGCUUCACCGACUCAUCCCAAGCUAACGAAAAAGAUGCUCGAUUUCAUUCUGUCCUCUAAAAUGAAAAAAUGGAAGCUACACUGAAGAGCUAUACAGACAUUUUCUCUUUCUUCCCACUAUUCAACCGGAUUAUCUCAUGACACUAGUCUCAUUUUCCACACGUUUGCUGGUCAUACACCUUUCGGUAAUCAUGUAACUGGCCUGCAGGCGGGAUGUUUUAUAUGCAGUACUAUUAAUUGUACAGUAUUUAUUUGGCUUUGGCAUUUGUUUUUGAUCAUUGUGAAUGGAAGUAUUGAUGGUCAUGGUGUGUACUUUUCCUUUUACCUUGAUUCCUUCAGUCAUUUUGAUGUUUAAUGUUAUUUUUCUUAUUUGAUUUAAAAAAACAAAAUGAGUAGAUCUUUGUUAACCAUUGCAAUGCAUCUUGGAAUAUUAAUUUCUGCAUCUCAGAAUGGGCCUGUAAAUAUUAAAAUAAGAUUUCUUAGUCAAUUUUUCUGGUUGUGUUGUUUCACUAGCCUUGGGCCAGGAUUCAGAAAAUUGUUUGAAAUUGACUUUGUUUAAAUAAAUUUUAAAAAAUUAAUUUGCAAAAUAAAAUACAAAGCAAUCAAA